AUGUCCAUGAAAGCAUCAACAUCGUCUACACCGUCCUCGGCCCCAGUCGCCCACAAAGCGCCCCUUCCUCCAUCUUCCAAUCGUUCAUCACGUAUUGCCCCUCAUUCCCAUAUAAAAGGCCUUGGAUUAAAUUCGGAAGGUCGAGCGAUUACUGAUACUGCUGCUGGCGGUUUCGUUGGUCAAGAGAAUGCCCGAGAAGCAUGCGGAAUCAUCGUAGAUCUCGUCAAAUCACGCAGAUUCUCUGGACGCGCUUUACUUCUUGUCGGCGCUCCAGGAACAGGCAAGACCGCGCUUGCCUUGGCCGUCUCACAUGAACUCGGCUCCAAAGUCCCCUUCUGUCCCAUGGUCGGCUCGGAGGUUUAUAGUACAGAGGUGAAAAAGACGGAAGUUUUAGCCGAAAGCUUCAGAAGAGCCAUAGGACUUCGGAUAAAGGAAACAAAAGAAGUGUACGAAGGUGAAGUCACAGAGAUGACCCCAUCCGAAUCGGAGAACCCUCUCUCCGGCUAUGGCAAAACUAUUUCUCAUGUCGUCGUCGGCCUCAAAUCUGUCAAGGGCACAAAACAACUAAGGCUGGAUCCUAGUAUCUACGAGGCUAUGUUGAAGGAAAAGAUUGUAGUUGGCGAUGUCAUCUACAUCGAACACAGCGGCGCGGUCAAGCGUGUAGGUCGCUCAGACGCUUAUGCAUCAUCUUACGACCUCGAGUCGGAAACCUAUGUUCCUCUUCCCAAAGGCGAUGUUCAUAAACGUAAAGAGCUCGUUCAAGACGUAACUCUCGGAGAUCUCGAUGCCGCGAACGCUCGUCCCCAGGGUGGUCAAGAUAUAAUGAGCGUUAUGGGCAGUCUGGUCAAGAGUGGAAGGACAGAGGUGACGGAAAAACUGAGGAAAGAAGUGAACAAGGUGGUGAAAGGUUAUGUAGAUCAAGGUGUGGCAGAGGUGGUCCCUGGGGUAGUCUUCAUUGACGAGGUUCACAUGUUGGAUAUCGAAUGUUUCACAUAUUUAAACGCUCUCCUAGAGUCGCCAAUGGCCCCUACAGUCAUUCUUGCUACCAAUAGAGGUAAUGCUCUCGUCCGCGGUACUCAAGACCUCGUUGCUCCGCACGGGAUCCCCGUUGAUUUGCUAGACCGAUGUAUGAUUGUCAAAACAGAACCAUACGCAAAAGAACAAGUAGCCAAAGUUCUCCAAUUGCGCGCCAACAUCGAAGGUCUAAAGCUCGCCGAAGGCGUUCUAGACAAGCUGGCUACCGAGGGCGAGAAAAUCUCAUUGAGAUACGCACUACAACUACUCGCGCCUGCCUCUAUCAUCGCAUCCAUCAACGAUCGUUCCGAGAUCUCUCUCGAAGACGUAGGAGAAAUGAAUGAGCUUUUCUUGGAUGCCAAAACGAGUGCUGCAAUGAUUGGAGCAAGUGAAAAUCUGAAGACAUGA